CGCAGGGGAAGACAUGGCCGAGUCACUGGAAGAGUUCCAGGCGGUUCUCAGUGGGCUCACUGAGGACCAAGAGGACCCAAACAUGGACAAGUUUCGUGAAGAGUAUGAAAAGCUCCUCAAUGUCCUGACCAAGUCCUACGGAAAUGAGAAAAGGCUCAUGACCAAGUGCAAGGAACUCAGUGCAGAGAUUGCUUCAGCCUCCACCAAGUUUGAAGCUGCUGUGAAGAUGACCCAGGAUGAUGAGACAACGAUAUCGUCUCUUAAAACGGAAGUGGAAAAAGCGUGGAAGAUGGUGGAUGCUGCUUAUGUUAAGGAACAGGCCCAGAUGGAGAUGAUCAAGAAUCUACAAGAGGAGGUUACCAGCCUAACACAGCUAGCAGAACAACAAAGUAUGGCCUCCGCCAACCAAGAUCAAAGUGAAUUGCUGAAAAUGAUUGAAGAUUUAACAAAUGAGCGCGAUCGCCUGCUGACAACAGUCGAGAGUCUCAGGGAACAGUUGAGCAUCGCCAGUACGAGCAAGCAGAAGGCAGAGAACCAAAGGGAGGCUGCCUUAAACAACAUUUCCCAGCUUCAACAUGAGAUUCAGUUGCAGCAGAACGACAUUUCCCGUGAGCAGAGGUUGAAGGAAAAACUGGAGAAGGAGUUGAAUGAGCUCAGCAUCAACAUGGAAACCAAGAUCAGAGAGAUACUAAUACUGAAAAAAGACGCCCAAACAUUCAAAGAGGAACAGAUGAGAUCAAUGCAACAACUGAAAUCAAUGAAGAAUGCCAUUGAGAAAGUCACUAAAGAACUGGAACAGUUGCAACACAAAACCAACAAGUUGCAACGGGACCGGGAUCAGCUCGUAUCCGUUAGAGAACGCAUCUUUUUGGAAAAUCAGAAGAACUUAACCGAACUUAAGUUGAAAGAAGACGUGAUCAAUCAGAUUCGCCAGGAGAUUUCCAAAGAAAGACUAAUGAAAGAGGCCAUCCAGAAGAAGUUCCGCGUCAUGGAGGAUCAGAAAUCGGAUGUGGAAGUACAGAGAGAGAUCUUGAAAGCUCGUAUCGCUGGUGUGGAGAAAGAGUUUGAGGGUUCACGGAAGCAAGUUGAAGCUGACAAAAAAGUAAUUAACGAGCUGACCAGAGAGCGAGACCUCUUGAGUAAGAAUGUGGCUAAAGCUACAGAGGAGAUAGAGGAAACUCAGAUCUCGGUGAUGGAGCUUGAGAAUGACAAACGAGUGCUUCAACAAGAGAUCUCCGGCAACCUCCUGGAGAGCCAGAAGCAGCGUAAGAUCAUCCAGGAUCUGGAAAAGGAACGAGACCGCUACAUUAACGAAGCCAACAACCUUUUGAAAAAGGUGCAAGAAAAAGCUGAUGAAAUAGAAACCAGCGAGAUGGCAAUACAUAACUGGAAGAAGAGGGUCGCUGAAGAAGAGUGCAAGCUCAAAAGAAAAGAAGACAUCCUGGAGUCCGUGAUUUCUGAGAGGAACCACUACAGCAAAAACCUUGUUGAAGCGCAGGACAGCAUCUCAAAGUUGAAGAUCAAGAUGAGGUCCAUGGCCAACCAGAUGACUCAGCUGAAAGAUGAGAUAACUGCAAAGGAGCUGGUCAUUUACAAAGACCAACAGCAUCACAAGCGCUUGGAACGGGAUAACGAGGUUCUCAAGGCUGACCUGAAGUUGAUUAAGCAGCAACUGGAGGAGGAAAUGCAACGUGUUGAGAAUCUAAAAGUCGAAAAGGAAAAACUGGAGAAAAUCAUUGAUGAUAACCAAGUUGAACAAACACUAACUAAGAAACAAUUAGAGCAGGUGAUCAGAGAACGAGACAAUUUGGGUAAGCAGCUGCUGCAGCGCAACGAAGAGCGUACGCUCUUGUAUGAGAAAAUCAAGAUCCAGAUAUCGAUAAUAAGCAAGAGGGACUUCCACCACAAUCAGCGGAUGGAAGACAUCCGCCUUCUCAAGCUGGAAAUCAAAAGGCUGAGACGUGAGAAAAAUAUCCUGGACAAGACGGUGCCCAACACAGACGAACUGAGGCGAGAAAUGUUUACACUGCAGAGGGAGCUGGCCAAAGAAAGGAUUCGGAACGGCGUCCUUGAAGAGCAACUCAACCCCAUAAAUAUUCACCGAUGGAGGCGACUGGAGGGCAGUGAUCCCUGCAAGUAUGAACUGAUCCAGAAGGUUCAUACGUUACAGAGAAGACUCAUCAGUAAGACGGAAGAGUUUGAGGAGGUGGAAUUCUUAUUACAGGAAAAGGAGAAGCUAUAUGUGGAGCUGCAGCAACUUUUGGCUCGGCAGCCUGGCCCAGAGACACUUGAACAGCUUCAGCAUUGCCAGUGGACAUUGAGGGAAAGGACCAAAAAACUUAUGGCGUUGACUGCAGAGGUGAGAGUGCUGGAUGCAAAGAUGAUUGACUACAAAAGUGAAAAUCAAAGCCUGAACACUGAGAUUACAGAACUCAAGAAGAAGUACUUCAGUCAGAAAAAGCAACAAAGCGAGAAGGCCAAAAGCAAAGCGGAACACUUGGUGCUACCUCAGCUGAUCAACAAGCCACAAUUCACCGGAGGAGGCUUCAAGUUUGACGAACUUUUCAGAUGAUAAUUAUAUUUUUAUAUUUUGUAUAUAGGUGAAUAUCACUGCAAUAAUCAAUAUUGUGUCGUGAGACUUGUCAAGUAAAUGUGACACAAUCUCCAACCCUUCAAAAUCAGGCUUUGUCUCAAAAGGAAUAUUUCCUGAUAAUGAAUUGCAUCCACUUGAGUUACAGUAGUUCCUAAAUUUACUAUUGACAAAUAUGUACUGUACAUGUCAACAUAAUAUUAGAAGGGGGUGUUCAAAGAAUUAAUAAAUUAUCAUUUAUGUGGGUUGAUCCUCAGCUGCCAUUAAUUCAAGUCUACAUAGAUGUUGUUGGCACAAAAAUAAUAAGAACACAUUGAGCACAUCUAUUUGACACUGGGUAAGUAAAACAGUCGGGGUAUCAGACUUUAGACUUCAAAUCCUCUUAUAAAUAUGCUGUGGCAGUCUAAAAGUCAAGAAAUUAUAAAACAAUGUUAUUAUCACCUGUGCAAAGUUGGUUGCUAAUAAAAUAAAGUGCAAUGUUUUCAAACUUUCAGUAGAAGCUGUACAGGCCACAGACAUUUGUAAAUAAUGCAUUGGCCUGAAUUAACUUUUGGACCCAAAUAACAUGUGUAACAUAUCUGAACAUGCAUGAGGAAUAUUUCAAUCAGUCAAUCAAAGUAUACUUAUUUAGUCUUUAAUCACAAAUGUCUCAAAGGGCUGCAUAAGCCACAACUGCAUCUGAUUAUUCGACAUCUGAUCCACACAUACUUGACAUUAAAUAACAGACUUUGGCAUAAAAGAUGCAUGAUGACAAGUGAUAUUUGUAAUUCUGAAUUGAUCAUAUCUAUCAUAUAGCCCUACUUUGAAUAAGUGACAUAAAUACCUUAACACUGGCCGAUGCAUUAAUCAGAAAACUAGUGUCUGACACAGGAAAUGCAUCACCAAACAACGGACUGACAUAAAAAGUGGUUCUAACCAAGGUAUGAAGAAAAAACUGCAAAGGUAAGGCGAUUGUCAACGUAAAUCCUCAUUUUGCACUGUUUUGUAUUCAUGUCCAGUCAUUUUUUUAGUGCUUUGAGAAACAUUCCCACAGGUGAGAGAGGCUAACUCGGAAUGUUUUUAGUUGGAAUUUCACUAAAACUGGUCUUGCAGAGCUUUUAGCAGACAUUUGUUGCAUUAUUUACUUAUUUAGCAUGGAUAUGGUGUUGAUGAAUACAGUAUGGGGCGUUCUUAAAAUAAGAGCCAUGUUGCCUUUUGUACUGUAGUAUUUCAAGCACAAGAGGUUAGAGAAUGUGAAAUAAUAAAUCAAGCAACACAG